UCCCGCCGUCCGCGGUCACGUGCGGGCACGCCGCGUAGUUAGGUGGGGGAGGCUGAGCCUUACGCCAGCCGAAACAGGAAGGGAGGUGGCUGCCGAGCAUUCUUAAAGGGCCCAAGAGAUCUCACGGCAACGGACCUCUGACGACAGGAAGGAAAAUGAGUGAGUCUUUGGUGGUUUGUGAUGUUGCUGAAGAUUUAGUGGAAAAGCUGAGAAAGUUUCGUUUUCGAAAAGAAACCCACAAUGCUGCUAUUAUAAUGAAGAUUGACAAGGAUAAACGCCUGGUGGUGCUGGACGAGGAACUUGAGGGUGUCUCUCCAGAUGAGCUUAAAGAUGAACUACCUGAGCGGCAACCUCGCUUCAUUGUGUAUAGUUAUAAAUAUCAACAUGAUGAUGGCAGAGUCUCCUACCCUCUGUGCUUUAUUUUCUCCAGCCCUGUUGGGUGCAAGCCUGAGCAGCAGAUGAUGUAUGCUGGGAGUAAGAACAAGCUAGUCCAGACUGCCGAGCUAACCAAGGUAUUUGAAAUAAGAAACACUGAAGACCUAACUGAAGAAUGGUUACGUGAGAAACUUGGAUUU